AUGUGGACGCAGCAGUUUAUGAAGAAUAUCAAAUUUUACCCGCUCCCAUGCGAACUCGAACAUGUCAAUGCCGCUCUUCUGGAAGCAUGCGAUGGUAUGGAUGGAGUCGAAGAUGGCAUCAUCUCCUUGCCAGGUCUGUGCGACUUUGAUCCCGAGGUGCUUAUUGGGCAACAGUAUAAUUGCAACGGAACGAUGAAGACGUUUGCUCCGCAGACCGCUGCUAUCGCCAAGGAGUUCUGGACCGGGCCCAAAGAUCCGAACGGGAGGUACAGCUGGUACGGCUUGACACCUGGCGCGGACUUCUUCACCUUCGAUAAUGCGACGACGGGCAACGGCGGAGCAGGCACAGUCUGUCAGAAUGCGAGCGAGACGUCGUGCAUGGGAAUCGUGGAAGGAUAUGGCGAGCAGUGGACCCGAUACUUUGUUGAAAAGGAUGCAGAGUUUGAUGUGCUUAGGUUGACGGUCGAGGACUUCUUCAACAACAUACACAAAUCCGUGCAAGAGUACGACAGCAUCAUCGGCACUACGGAUCCGGAUCUUUCGGAGUUUCACAAGCGUCGAGGCAAGAUGAUUACCUGGCAUGGUCUGACCGAUCAGCUUAUCCCUCCGAAUGUCACCAAGGAGUACUACGAACGGGUUAUGGAUGUGCUGCCCAAUGUACACGACUUCUAUCGGACGAAAAGAGUUGAUUUCUCUUCAUCCACAGCUGGCUUCAAGUGUUUAAUGGAGUUUGUUCGCCCAGCUGGCUUGAAUGAGCUCCGCUGUAUCGCGAGGGAUGACCUCAAGCUGUACGGCUCUAUCGUCACGCUUGGCACAUAUAUUGGACCUCGAGUCCUGCAGUCCUCGGAUUUUGUCCAGAUUCUGAAACGAUGCGUCACAGAGCAUCCCAUGCUCGGCGUGGUCGUUCACGAUGCGGCUACCGAGCAUCCGAAGCUCUUUCGAGUAGAGUCGCUCGAUUUGAAUGCGCACCUUCAAAUGCUAAGCUCCGCCUCAGCAGAUGAGGAGAGUACACGACGCCUUCUCGAAUCAAUUCACAACGACCCUCUACCUGGAUCAAACGUGCGUCCGCAAUGGCGUAUGGUCGUUCAGCCGAUCGAUCACCCGUCCUCCUGCCGCUUCCGCCUUGCCUUUGCGGCCUCCCACUCUCUUGUCGAUGGCAGAUCGGGCUUCACAUUUCACACCGCUGUUCUGAACGCUUUGGAGGGGCUCAAACAGCUUGGAAUGGACUCGUCGGCGAUUUGUCAGCCUGGUCCGACGACUUUGAUCCCUCCGGCUAUGGAAAAAGCAGGCAUGCUCCCGAUAUCUUGGAAAUUUCUUCUCGGACCGCUGGUUGGAGAGUACUGUCCUGGUUUCGUCGGCCGGCUGCUUGGAUUGCAGUCCAACACAACAGCCGAUGUAUGGUGCGGUGCGCCAUCUCGACCAAACAGAGUCGACUCCGAUCCCGUUACCUCCGUUGCACUCUUCUCAAUCUCGCCGGACAUUGUCGAUCGCGCCCUUGCUAUUUGUCGCAAGCAUGACGCUCGAAUAACAGGCCUGCUUAACCACGUGAUUGCCCGAAGUCUCUGCCGAGCCCUCGACAAGAGACAGCGGCCGUUCACAAAGCUCGUCUGCGAGACUCCCAUUGAUCUCCGCCGGGCUUUAAAGCAGGGCAAAGGGCAGAUUUGCAACUACGUCUCUGCUGUGACGGAGACUGUCGAUGUCAAACGGACAAACGAUCCCAUCGACUGGACAGCAGUACAAAAGAGCACGGAGCUGUUGGAAGAGAGGUCCAAGUCGUUGCAAGACCAACCGACAGGUCUGCUAAAGUACUUGAGCGACUUUCGCGGUUGGACUUUGAACAAGGCAAGCUCGUCGGCGGAGGUCUCGUUCUCCGUAAGCAAUCUCGGGGUGCUCGAUGCGUCUGUUGCAGGCUGGCAAGUCGACUCGAUGGCGUUCUCGCAGUCCGGGAACGGUACAGGCGAGCCUCUGUCGUUCAGUGUGGCAAGUGUGGGACGAGGAGGAAUGACGAUCGCGGUGACCUGGUGGCCGGGGAUGCUGGGGGUUGAAGACGAAGACUGUUUUGUUCGAGAGGUAGGGAGGGGCGUUGAAAAGGAGAUGGAGGCGUUUGCAUAG